CGUGGUCUGAGUGACGAGCGAAGGGAGGCAGAUUCGUCUGGAACGUUGAGGGAGAAACACCUAAAACUUUGUGUUGCAACAAGUCGUUCUAUUGCGUACCUUCUGUCUUGUAGGCACUGCAGAUCGCCACCAUGAUUGUAGAGAUCCUGUUGUUCGUGGUGGGAGUGAUUCUGCUUCGCUAUUGGAUUUCCAGACCUCGGGGAAUGCCACCAGGUCCGAUGGUCGUACCAUUCCUUGGCUCCAGGCCUGUCUUGAGUGUCGACCAAGUGCAGAAGAUGCACAAAAUAUAUGGUGAUAUAUUUAAGUCGGAAAUUGGGCCGCACAAGUUUAUAUUCCUCUGCAGCAACAAACUUAUCAAGGAAGCGUUGUCAAAGACUGAGUUUGCUGAUCGUCCCCAAUUAGAAAUGUUGCAUUUUCUAACUGAUGGACAAGAGGCGGGUGUCAUAAUGAGCAACGGCAAGCGAUGGCAGAACGCUCGGAGGUUCCUGCUGCGCAACCUUCGUGAUCUCGGGAUGGGAAAGACCUACCUGGAGGAGAGCAUCCUGGUGGAGGCCAGAGCGUUGGUCAAGGACUUCAGAUCCUGCGCGGGGACGCCGGCUCACAUUCCUGAGUCGCUCAAUGUUGCCGUUUUGAACGUCAUCUGGCAAUUGGUUGCAAGUAAGCGCUACGAAUUCCACGACAAGGAGGUCCUCGAGCCCAUCGCCAUCUUGAGGUCCAUCGACUCGUCCUCCUUGGCAACACUCGUCGAAUUCUUUCCUGGUGUCAAGAAACUUCUUCCCGGGUUUCUAAAGGAGAAGUUAUUUGCAGGGCAGAUGAAGAGACUGAAGGAUAGCAUCGUAGAUUUGCUGAAGGACUCAAUAGAUUCUCACAGAGCCACACUCGACCCAGCCAACCCGCGUGACGUCAUCGAUGAAUAUCUAAUAGCCAUGGACGAAAAGAGUGAAAUUGCUGAGUACUUCAGUGAACUGGAUCUGAUGAGGACUAUCUUCGACCUGUUUGCCGCGGGCUUCGACACGACGGCCAACACCCUGCGCUGGAUCAUCCUCUACAUGGCCAGGUACCCUGAAGUGCAGCAUCGCGUCCAACAGCAGAUUGACGAGGUUGUCCCACGUGACACCUUACCCUCAUACCAGCACAAGAGUCGGCUGCCGUUACUCGAAGCGACGAUCCAGGAGGUUCUUCGCGCGUCGUCCAUGAUUCACAACGGAGUCCAACGCGCAGCUCAGACCGAUACUUACCUGGCAGGCUACUUCAUUCCGAAGGGGUCGUGGGUGUUCGGGUGUUCGGGAAUAUGCCACAUGGACUCACGCUACUGGGAAGAACCGCAGGAGUUCCGACCCGAGCGGUUCCUAGACGAAGGGAAAGUCAAAACGCCAAAGGAGGGACUCAUACCCUUUGGUUCAGGACGAAGGAGCUGUCUUGGAGAGGCUCUGUCAAGGAUGGAACUGUACAUCUUCUCGGCAGCCCUUCUGCAGAACUUCACUUUCUCUCCUCCAGAGGGCGUCGAGGUCGACCUAGAAGCCAACUCCAAGCAACCCUCUGCACGUUUGUCUAAAGAACAAAAUAUUGUCAUUAGCAUCAGAGAGUGAUAACCUACUGGAUAUGAACUGUUAGCUUAUAUUUCAAGAAUUUGUUCUACAUCUCUGUAGUAGAUUUUUCUCAACAUUUCAAUGUAACAUAUUCCAAUAUUAGUAGCAUUCUAACUUUGUGUUACUUUUCGUACUAGAUUAUCAUGAUUAUGAAAAGUAUUCAUGUUGACAAAUGUAGAAAAAGUAUGAAUGAGAAUUAAUAUUUUCACAAUACAAUCGAAACCGGUCAGAUAUAUUGUAUUGUGAAGAUAUUCAUUCUCAUCCAUAUCUAUUCUACAUAUAAUUAUAUUGACAUUCUGUAGUCCAAAAUAGGUUUAGGUUUACUCUCUGAUUUGAUAUGUAUAAUAGAAAUACUUUGUUGUACAGUUAGAAAAAAACUCUUUACUUGUGAUCAAUGAGGAGCUAAGUAUUAUUUUCCUUUUAAUCAACAAGCUCUAAUAUUACAGAACAUAUUAUACCAUUAUAAAGAAGUAUGAUUUAUGAUUUUUAAAAAAUCAUAAAGCAAUGUAUGCUAACA